AUGCUGAUAAUCUCAAUGUCCAGACAGGAGAAAAAGCUCGGCCAUCAGCUCUCCUCUCCGAAGCUGUCCAUCACUGUCAGUGUGGAUCAGUGGUGCAGAACUCAUCCUGGCUCUCCCGCUGGUCCCUUACCCCCCACCCCCAUUCUGCCGGACGGGACACGCUUUCGCCCAGCCACUCAUAUCGCUGUCAAGGGGAAGGAGAUGGGGGGGGGGGGGGGGGGCAAGCUGACAGGCCCCAACGAACGCCACUCGAUUCCAGUUUGUUGGCGAGGCUAUGGGUUCAGGCCAGCAAUCUGCGCCUUGGCAGUGGGUGGUCGUCCCGCGAAGUCAUGA